AUGGCACUACAAAAUACACAUGUGGAGGAGGAUAUCAACACAAGUCCACCGUCAAUGCAUAACCACUCUGGACAUCUGGACGAAGCGGAGCCCAAUGAAGCUGAUCUCACGACAGAGAGUCAUGAAGAAGGCUAUCGUCCGUCUGACGCCAAGAUUUUUGCUGGAGAACCUGACGCUGGAAAGCCUGAUGCCGCACAACCUGAUGCCGGAGAACCUGAUGCCGCAGAAUCAGAUGCUGGAGAAGUUGAUGAGCAUACCAACGAUCCCUCGCCAGAAGCAACGAGCAACAAUAUAAAUAUCAUCGAAGAGGAACCCCGGCUAUGGCUGACAUUGAACUCUCAUGGCCUAGAGCGAAUCUACGACUACAACGACGGGGGACACUGCCCUUCAGAGCUUGGAUCAACGCUAUGCCAGGGUCGCUAUCGCAUCAUCCACAAACUUGGUCAUGGCGGCUUUGGUAUCGUGUGGCUCUGCCGAGACCUACAUCAUGAAUCACCUCAUUACGUGGCCAUUAAGGUUCUCGUCGCGGCGCUCUCGAGAGAAUAUUGUGGCGAGCUAGAGGCAGUCCAGCUGCUGAAGAUUCUUCCUGAGGUGGAACGCGGAAAGAAACAUCUCUGUGUAUCGAUGGACUCUUUUCAACAGGAGAGUCCCAAUGGAACACACCACUGCUUCGUGUACCCGUUUAUUGGGCCUCGUGCUGUAGACGCUCUUGCGUGCCUUGGCAAUUCGAGCGCUGCGAUGCGAAAAGCUUCUCUUGACACGAUUGAAGCCGUAGCUUGUCUUCACAAACAUGGAAUCUGUCAUGGAGAUCUGACGGCCAAAAACAUUCUCGUCGACCUUCGCGACCUAGGUGACUUACCAGAAGCCGAUCUAUUGGAAAAGCUCGGCCAGCCGGAGAUCAAUCCCGUCAAAACGUCCUCUACAGAGACGCCAGCAUCUGCUCCCCAAUACUUAGUAUAUCCUGUCGAUUUUAGUAAAGUCGAUCCCCGUUUUAUUAGUGACCGAAUACGGCUUAUCGACUUUGGAGAAGCAUUUGAGAUCAAAUCGCCGCCUGAUAGUAUCGGUCUACCAGUCGUGUAUCAGCCGCCAGAACUAGUACUCGACGGCCAUGUCGGGGUUGGGUGCGACCUGUGGGCACUUGGUAACUGUCUAUAUGAGUUACGCACAGGUCAAAAACUGAUUGACGUUUUCGAUGCAAACGACACGGACGAUUACCUCUUCUAUAUGGUGAUGUUAUUGGGAAAACUCCCGGAGCCAUGGUGGUCUUCCACGUGGAAAGCUCGAAAAGAACAUUACACAGACGAAGUCGAUGCAGAUGCAAAUAAUAGGCCUUUUCAGGCUGGCGAUCCUGCUCACCAUCGGAUCGGAGACACUUCAAUCAAAUCUCAGUUGGAGAACGCCUUAUUCUGGAACCCUGAGUCCAGAUCGUUGGAUUUCAGCAAGCGAGAGACGCCUCCAGAAGAGUUGGAGGCCUUUAUCGAUCUUCUGGAGAAGCUGCUGCGCUACAAGCCAGAAGAUCGAUUGUCUGCAGAAGAGGCUUUACAGCAUCCUUGGUUUCGUAUGUAA